AUGCAGAAAUACGAAAAAUUGGAAAAAAUUGGUGAAGGUACCUAUGGAACAGUGUACAAAGCAAAAAACAGAGAUUCUCAUGAAAUUGUUGCAUUAAAACGGGUGAGGCUGGAUGAUGACGAUGAGGGUGUUCCAAGUUCUGCUCUCAGAGAAAUAUGCCUCUUGAAAGAACUUAAGCAUAAGAAUAUUGUUCGACUCCAUGAUGUUCUGCAUAGCGAAAAAAAAUUAACACUUGUCUUUGAAUAUUGUGACCAGGAUCUCAAGAAAUAUUUUGAUAGCUGCAAUGGAGAAAUUGACCCUGACACAGUCAAGUCAUUUAUGUACCAAUUACUACGAGGUUUGGCAUUUUGUCAUAGCAACAAUGUCCUUCACAGAGACUUGAAACCACAAAAUUUACUUAUCAACAAGAAUGGAGAGUUAAAACUUGCAGAUUUUGGUCUGGCACGAGCUUUCGGUAUUCCUGUACGUUGCUAUUCUGCAGAAGUUGUCACACUGUGGUAUCGUCCACCUGAUGUUUUAUUUGGUGCCAAACUUUAUUCAACAUCAAUUGACAUGUGGUCAGCAGGCUGUAUUUUUGCAGAAUUGGCCAAUGCUGGACGUCCUUUGUUUCCUGGUAAUGAUGUUGAUGAUCAGCUCAAAAGAAUUUUUAAGUAUCCUUAUUUCUUUUCUUUUCAUUAUUUUCUUGACUUUCGCAUAUUACUUGGCACCCCAACUGAAGACACUUGGCCUGGGGUAACUCAACUCCCUGAUUACAAACCAUACCCGAUCUAUCAUGUGAGCACAACGUGGCCCCAGGUUGUUCCAAAGUUAAACUCCAAAGGAAGAGAUUUGCUUCAGAGGCUGUUACCUUUGUCCAUUACACCAUCCGCACAUCAAAUUCACAACUUUUUCUUUCUCUCUUUCUUUUUCCUCUUUCUUUUUCCUCUUUUGCUCUUUUUCGAAUUUCUUUCUCUUUUCGGUCUUUUUUUGAAUUUCUUUCUCUCUUUUGCUUUUUUCAUUUUCUUUCUUGCUCUUUUUCCUUUUCUUUUUCUGCAUUUUUUCUCUUCCUUUCCCUUCUUUGCUUUUUUUUCCUCUUUCUCCUUUUUUCCUCUUUCUUUCUCUUUUUCUUUCUUACUAUUUUUCCUCUUUUUCUUUGCUCUUUUUCUUUCUUUUUUUGCUUUUUUCCUUUUCUCUUAUUUGCCCAUUUUUCAUCUUUUUCUUUUUUCCUCUUUUUCCUUUUUCUUCCUUUUUUUGCUCUUUUUCUUUCUUUCUCUUUUCCUCUUUCUUUUUCUCUGCUCUUUUUCUUUGGUUUUUUCUUUUUCCUUUUUUGGCCUUUUUCCUUUUCUCUUAUUUGCUUCUUUUUCCUUUUUCUUUCUUUUUUCCUCUUUUUUCUUCCUUUUUUCACUUUUUUCCCUCUUUCUUUCUCUUUUUUUGUUUUUGCUCUUUUUCUUUCUUUCUCUUUUCUUCUUUUUUUUUCUUUCUUUUUCUCUGCUCUUUUUCUUUGGUUUUUUCUUUUUCCUUUUUUUGUUCUUUUUCCUCUUUCUCUUUUUUGCUCUUUUUCCUUUUCUCUUAUUUGCCCUUUUUCAUCUUUUUCUUUUUUCCUCUUUUUCCUCUUUCUUUCUCUUUUUUGCUUUGGCUCUUUUUCUUUUUUCCCCUUUUCCUCUUUCUUUUUUGCUCUUUUUCUUCCUCUUUUCCUCUUUCUUUUUUGCUUUGGCUCUUUUUCUUUCUUUCUUUUUUCUCUUUCUUUUUCGCUCUUUUUCUUUUUUGCACUUCUCUUUUUCUUUGUUUUUUUUCCUCUUUUUCUAUUUUUUGCUCUUGCUCUUUUUAUUUUUGUUCUUGCACUUUUUCUUUUUUUGGUCUUACUCUUUUUCCUUUUUCUUUCUUUCUUUCUCUUUUUGUUUUCUUCUUUCUCUUUUUGAUCUUUUUUCCCUUUUUUUUCUCUUGCUCUUUUCCUUUCCUUCUCUUUUUUGCUCUUUUCCUUCUUUCUUUCUCAUUUUUCUUUCUUUCCCUUUUUUCUUCUUUUUCCUCUUUCUUUCUCUUUUCCUUAUUCUUUGCUUUCUCUCUUUAUUAUGA